GGCACCUUCGGGUUUGAGAUUCAUUUGGAUAAAAACCAUGUCUCCUAGUUGAGGUUGACCCGAAAGACCCAACUUGAAGUAUAAUGAAUUUGACUCUAAUCACAUUGACCUGAUUUAGGCUCGAGCUUCAUCCAAUUUGAUAUUCACUUGAUAUAAAAGUUAGAUCUAAAAGUAGUACCAAAAAAAAACCCAUCACGUGACAUGCAAUCCAAAAUUUAUCCCAAAUUGUGAUUUGAUUUGAUGUUGAAUAAGUUAUUCAAUAAGAAUUUCAUAUUACGACAGUCUCAUAUAAAAAUUUCUGAUUAUUAGUUGGGUAUGAAACAUUGAGAAAUGAGAACCAUCACGUCAAAAUAUGUGGAUCUUGGAUGUAACUCUUCUUUAUGCUUGGAAGCCUAACAAUUGCUUUACGGUCAAAUAAUAAUAAGGCUCGUCUUUACUCGUUUCUCAAUUAAUUUUUUUGAUAUUCAAUUAUGUUUUAUUUGAUUAUUUAAAAAUAUCAUUUAAAAGUCAAACAAUAACUCAAUUUUGUGGAUUUCAUACUUCACUAGACCCAAAAACUUAUGCAUGAAAGUCAAAGAAAGACAGUUAAUUAGGCCCAUAUCUUGAUAAAUUAAAGCACCUUUUAAACCAUUUUUAAGUAUCUUUUUUGCUUUAGGCUUAAGCCAAAUUCAGGAAUUCACUCAAAGUUUAGCACAUGAAACUUCCCCAAUAUUACGUUAUACACUAAGUACUAACCUUUGAAAUAAAGCAAUUACAAAUUUCAUCAAAUCAUCUCCUAAUUUCACUCACUCCCCUAGUUUUUGCAAACUAUACCUUUCUUCAUCAAACCUUCAUCUUCUCUGAAGAAUCAGAACGAAUAUUCUUAUAAGGGUGUGCUUGAGUAAAAGCAAAUAUUGAUUAAAAGAUAUGGAAAAACCUCCGCAAUUACCAAAUGAAAGACACAUACACACAACAAAUGUUCCACCCUUUAUACCUACUUCUUACAAUCCUAAAUCAAAACACAACAACAUUACAUGUAACUACUCACCAAAACACUCUAUUCUCAUCUUGCUAAUCUUUUUAACUAUUUUCCUAAUGUUUCAAAUCCCAUCUCUUCAAUUUCCGCCAUCGAUCGAGUCCAUUAGAGAUGGUCUUACCGUUACCGAUUACAAUCAUAACUUAGAUCAAGAAUCAAUCGUUGAAAAGCUUCGAAAUUCAGUUACAUUCCUCCCUUUGAAGGACUUAAGGUACUCGAGUAUCGCCCUUCAAGGUCAUACAUGGUUUAUGAGCUCAAUGUAUGAUACUCAUGAGGAAGGUGAAGUACAAUACCAAAAGUUCCCUUCAAAGGAAUCAAAGGGUAGGAUAUUAUGCAUAAAAGGGCAUGAUAAUCAUGAUGGAUCAUGGAAUUAUUAUGGUCUUGCAUGGCUUGAGGCAUUACCUUAUAAUGCAACAUUAAUGAAGGGAUUAACAUUUGUAUCAUAUAAUCAUUAUAAUUAUGAUAAUAUUUGGCAUGGUUUAUCAGCUGUUUUUCCAUUUGUAGCAUGGCAUAUGAAGAAUGAAUGCAAAUUGCCUUCUAGAUGGAUUUUGUAUCAUUGGGGUGAGCUUAGAACUAAAAUGGGCCAUUGGCUAAGUUUGGUGUUGCAAUCUACUUUUGGUGGGCCUAUCAAUAUUGAAGGGUUUGAAGGGAUUGAAGAAGAGCAAGCAGUGUGCUUUGAAGAGGCAGUAGUAAUGAGACAUAAUGAAGGAGGAAUGUCAAGACAAAGAAGAAUGGAAACAUAUGAUCUCAUUAGAUGUAAAGCAAGGAUGUUUUGUAAUGUGAGCUUAGAUGUUACCACCCCUAAUCAAAUUGGUAUGACUUUGUUCAUGAGGACUGGACCAAGAUCUUUCAAGGAUGAUGCUGCUGUGAUCGACAUCUUUAAAACUGAAUGUCACAACUUCAACAAUUGCAAAUUACAUGUUGCUUAUUCUAAUAACCUCACCUUUUGUCAACAGGUUGAAUUGAUGAGUUCAACAGAUAUAUUGGUAUCUCCCCAUGGUGCACAAUUAACAAACAUGUUCUUUAUGGACAGAAACAGUAGUGUAAUGGAAUUCUUUCCAAAGGGUUGGCUAAAGCUAGCUGGUGUAGGCCAAUAUGUCUACCAUUGGCUAGCAAGUUGGUCAGGAAUGCAGCAUCAAGGUGCUUAUCGAGACCCAUAUGGUGCGGAUUGUCCCUAUUCUGAGGAUGAUCGUCGAUGUAUGUCUUUCUUUAAGAGUGGUCAAAUUGGACACAAUGAAUCUUAUUUUAGAGAUUGGGCUAGGAAGGUGUUGAAUGAGGUCCAACUUAGGAAGACUCUAGAAGGCAGUGAUAAGAGUUUUAAAUCUAAAAAUAUCGGUUGUUUAUGUGAUUCUUGACUUAUCUCGACUCUGAUGAUGAAUUUUAUUACGUUUUCAUUAGUCAUAGUUUCGUUUAUCUGUAUUCAUCAAUGAAAAUGUAAAGAAAUUAUUUGAGGUUUUUUUUGUUGUAAUUCAAUCAUUUUCAUGUAUUUGAUCUUGUUUAAAGAAAAAAAUAUUUAUGAUAAA